UGAGAGUGUGACAGAGAGAGUGACAGAGAGAGUGACAGGUGAGACAGAAAGACACAGAGUGAACAAACGAACACGAGUGACAGUGACAGAACCAGUCAGAGAAACAGUAUAUGAGUGAUAGAGGAAGUUAGCCUGAUAUUUGUGUUAGUUUGUUUAGAAGGAUGAGUGAAGCCGGAAGCAUCUUAACCCUGGAAGACAUCCCUGAAGGAAGGUUGGAGAAAAAGGGCUCCAUCAAGAAGAAGAUAGAGAAGUUGAGGAGAUGGAGCUCCUGCAGCAUAAAGAGGCCUUCUAAGAAGACUAAGACCAGAAGUCUGUCCUCCGCUACAGAGGCACCAGAGGAGACCUGGGGGCUCAAGACCCCCGAGAGGAGGAGACUCAAACCCAUCAUCGCCUCAGUCUUCGGACAGGACAGAGACCUACGGCCAGAAGAGAUUGAAGAGCUGAAGGAGGCGUUCGGGGAGUUUGAUAAGGAUAAAGAUGGCUACAUCAGCUGUAAGGAACUGGGAGAGUGCAUGAGGACUAUGGGGUACAUGCCCACUGAGAUGGAGCUCAUCGAACUCAGCCAGAACAUCUGUGGCGGCAGAGUGGACUUUGAGGACUUUGUGGAGCUGAUGGGUCCUAAAAUGUUGGCAGAGACAGCAGACAUGAUUGGAGUGAAGGAGCUCAGGGAUGCUUUCAAAGAAUUUGACUCUAACGGGGACGGUCAGAUAAGCCUGGCUGAACUGAAGGAGGCCAUGAAAAAGCUGGUGGGGGAGCAGCUCAACCAACCAGAGAUCGACGAGAUCCUCCGAGAUGUCGACCUCAAUGGGGACGGCCUGCUCGACUUCGAGGAGUUUGUCAGGAUGAUGUCCCGCUGACUCUCCUGGCCAGAAGACCGUGAUGACAUGACUUUAAGAGACUAGUAAACAACACAACCUCCUCUGUUAGAUGUUAUGGACCAGUCCUCAGUAUGUUGUUGUACAUGUAAUUACAGUAUUAUUGAUGUUCAAAUAUUUCAUGUUGUUUUUAGGGUAUUUGUUCUUACUUUUUUUCAUUGCUAUAUCAACAAUCCCUCCUAAUACUGUAUGUUUUUGUUGUAUAACUGUAACACUGUAAUGAUAAUAAUAAUAAUAUUUGUAAAGUGCUUUUCAUGUAUUAUGUUCAGUGCUACACUACGUUAUCAGCUAGUAUUGCUUUUGUAUAGUUUCAGCCAGUAAUUUUAAAAGUAGUGCUCACGAGCAAAAAUGGGUCCCCUUAAAUGUGUAUUACAGCAUCCAUUUUGUAUGAUAUGUUACGUCCUACAAAAUAUCCACAUAUAUAUAUAUAUAUACACACAGUUGAAGUCAGAAGUUUACAUACACUUAGGUUGGAGUCAUUAAAACUCAUUUUUCAACCACUCCACAAAUUUCUUGUUAAUGAAUUUUGGCACAUUCCUCCUGACAGAACUGGUGUAACUGAGUCAGGUUUGUAGGCCUCCUUGCUCGCCACGCUUUUUCAGUUCUGCCCACAAUUUUCCUAUAGGAUUGAGGUCAGGGAUUUGUGAUGGCCAAUCGAAUACCUUGACUUUGUUGUCCUUAAACCAUUUUGCCACAACUUUGGAUGUAUGCUUGGGGUCAUUGUCCAUUUGGAAGACCCAUUUGCGACCAAGCUUUAACUUCCUGGCUGAUGUCUUGAGAUGUUGCUUUAAUAUAUCCACAUAUUUUUAUUCCUCAUGACGCUAUCUAUUUUGUGAAGUGCACCAGUCCCUCCUGCAGCAAAGCACCCCCACAACAUGAUACUGCCACCCCCGUGCUUCAUGGUUGGGAUGGUGUUCUUGACUUGCAAGUCUCCCCAUUUUCCCUCCAAACAUAACGAUGGUGAUCAUGGCCAAACAGUUCUAUUUUUGUUUCAUCAGACCAGAGGACAUUUCUCCAAAAAGUAUGAUCUUUGUCCCCAUGUGCAGUUGCAAACCAUAGUCUGGCUUUUUUAUGGCGGUUUUGGAGCAGUGGUUUCUUCCUUGUUGAGCAGCCAUUCAGGUUAUGUUGAUAUAGGACUCGUUUCACUGUGGAUAUAGAUACUUUUGUACCUGUUUCCUCCAGCAUCUUCACAAGGUCCUUUUGCUGUUGUUCUGGGAUUGAUUUGCACUUUUACGUUCAUCUCUAGGAGACAGAACGCAUCUCCUUCCUUAGUGGUUUAACGGCUGCGUGGUCCUAUGGUGUUUAUACUUGCUUUCUAUUGUUUGUACAGAGGAACGUGGCACCGUCAGGCGUUUGGGAAUUGCUCCCAAGGAUGAACCAGACUUGUGGAGGUCUACAAUUAUUUUUCUGAGGUCUUGGGCGAUUUUUUUAUUUUCCCAUGAUGUGAAGCAAAGGCACUGAUUUUGAAGGUAGGCCUUGAAAUACAUCCACAGGUUCACCUCCAAUUGACUCAAAUUAUGUCAAUUAGCCUAUCAGAAGCUUCUAAAGCCAUUAUAUAUUUUUCUGUACUUUUCCUAGCUGGUUAAAGGCAGUCAACUUAGUGUAUGUAAACUUCUGACCCACUGGAAUUGUGAUACAGUGAAUUAUAAGUGAAAUAACCUGUCUGUAAACAAUUGUUGGAAAAAUGACUUGUCUCAUGCACAAAGUAGAUGUCCUAACCGACUUGCCAAAACUAUAGUUUUUAAAACCAGUUAUGCAUUAGGGGGCGCUAUUAAAAUUUUUGGAUGAAAAACGUUCCCGUUUUAAACAAGAUAUUUUGUCAUGAAAAAUGCUCGACUAUGCAUAUAAUUGCCAGCUUUGGAAAGAAAACACUCUGACGUUUCCAAAACUGCAAAGAUAUUGUCUGUGAGUGCCACAGAACUGAUGCUACAGGCGAAAACAAGAUGAAAUUUCAGACAGGAAGUGGCCCAGGUUUUGAAAGCGCUGUGUUUCAAUUACUCCUUAUAUGGCUGUGAACGGGCCACGAAUGAGCUUAGACUUUCCGUCGUUUUCCCGAAGGUGUCUGCAGCAUUGUGACGUAUUUGUAGGCAUAUCAUUGGAAGGUUGACCAUAAGACAGUACAUUUACCAGGUGGUCGCUUGGUGUCCUCCGUCGCAAUUAUUGCGUAAUCUCCAGCUGCAAAACUUUUCAGUUCGCUCUUGAGGAGAAACCCAAUUGCCAUGAAUGAUUUAUCAUCGAAUAGAUAUGUGAAAAACACCUUGAGGAUUGAUUCUAAACAACGUUUGUAAUGUUUCUGUCGAUAUUAUGGAGUUAAUUUGGAAAAAAGUUUGGCGUUGUAAUGACUGAAUUUUCUGGGUUUUUUCUUAGCCAAACGUGAUGAACAAAACUGAGCGUUUUCUCCUACACAAAUAAUAUUUUUGGGAAAAAAUGAACAUUUGCUAUCUAACUGAGAGUCUCCUCAUUGAAAACAUCCGAAGUUCUUCAAAGGUAAAUGAUUUUAUUUGUCCUUCUGUAGCUCAGUUGGUAGAGCAUGGCGCUUGUAACGCCAGGGUAGUGGGUUCGAUUCCCGGGACCACCCAUACGUAGAAUGUAUGCACACAUGACUUGGAUAAAAGCGUCUGCUAAAUGGCAUAUAUUAUUUAUUAUUAUUAUUAUUAUUUGAAUGCUUUUCUUGUUUUUGUGAAAAUGUAGCCUGUUGAAUGCUAGGCUUAAUGCUAUGCUAGCUAUCAAUACUCUUACACAAAUGCUUGUGUAGCUAUGGUUGAAAAGCAUAUUUUAAAAAUCUGAGUUGACAGUGUUGUUAACAAAAGGCUAAGCUUGUGAGUGAAUAUAUUUCUUUCAUUUCAUUUGCGAUUUUCAUGAAUAGUUAACGUUGCGUUAUGGUAAUGAGCUUGAGGCUAUAAUUACGCUCCCGGAUACGGGAUUGGAGUCGCAAGAAAUUUGUGGAGUGAUUGAAAAACGAGUUUUAAUAACAACAACCUAAGUGUAUGUAAACUUCCGACUUCAACUGUAUAUAUAUAUGUAUGUGUAUAUAUAUAUAUAUGUACAUAUAUGUGUACAUGUAUAAAUAUAUAUAUAUAUACACACACACACACACACACACACACAUAUA